AUGUCGUCCACUGGCGGCACAGAGGACGUUUUGCACCAGGUAAAGCAGUUUUGGUCUAUGCUGGACGAUCUUUCUGAGAAUGACCCCGCAGCGUACCGGAAGUUCAUCCACAAACAGAUGAAGGAAGGAGCUGAAUUCAUAGCACCGCCUGAGCUCCACUCUUGUCUGUGCACUGAAAUGUUGGAGCCCAAGAAAGGGUUGCUGUAUAUAAACAUAUGCAGCUGGAAACGUGUGCCUGCACCUCAGGAUCCCAGCAAGCCAUUACCUUUAUGUGCAGGAAAACUGGAAACAGACACAAAUGAAAGUCAUGGCUUGUACACUCUGUUGGACGUAGCGUUAAACCCUGCAGUGCUGGAGGAAAGUAAGAAAGACAAAACAGAAGUCUAUGUGCUGGCCCUCAGCUUUGCCCAGCAGCAGCAUGGGUUGAGGUUAUCUCAACAGUACAGUGUCAUCAGCUGUAGCCCGAAAAGUAGCCCAGAUGACUUCCACCGCCGCCUUGGGUUUCAGCAGCAGCCCAACACCUCCAAACCUGACGCAGCCAUUCAAACCCCAGCUACCCUCCUGCAGCAGAUCUCUUCUCUACGUUCAGAGAAACAAGAUGAACCGGCAGCCCAAAUUAUCUGUAGACCUGCAGAGCUCAAAAAGAAGGGUUUGAUCCAGGUCAUCUCCACCACUUUUGUGCAGCCUCAGAAGCCAGAGCACCAACUUGAGGUGAAGCCUGAUAUAGCAGGCAUUCCUCGCAGCAUUGAGCUGACAGUAGAGCUGCCAAACGUUUGUUCCAUGUCAGAGUGCCUACUGAGAAUCUCCAAGGAUGAUGUCUUACUGGAAGUGGAGGAUGUUUACUAUUUGCUUCUGGAGUUUCCAAAAACUGUAAAUGAAGACACAGCAUCUGCCAUCUUUAACAAGAAGAAACGCAGGCUUACACUGAAAGUGGAUGUUUUGUGAUCAUUUGCUUUAAUGGAGAAACAACCAACAAUUCUGACCCUGAAAAUACCUGAAAAAGUAAAUUACCAAAACAAACUAAAUUUCUUCUCUGUAGUCUGAACAUCCUUGAGAACACAAUACAUUAUGAAAAAUAACUACCCUUUAAACUGAU